UGAUGAUGAUGAUGGUGAUGAUGAUGAUGAUGAUGACGAUGAUGAUGUAAUCAGUGUCAGAGUGUGAUUCACUUAGCUUAGCAUAAAGACUGGAAACAGACUAUUAAAGAUCAGCUGUGAUACGACGAAGCUUCUUGUUACACAGGACGAGAAAAAACGUUUCACCGAUAAAUCUGUUUGAUCACGUGAUCUGUUAGCUUAGCAUUAGCAUGUUUUAUAUUGUGUGUGUGUGUGUGUGUGUGUGUGUGUGUGUGUGUGUGCAGACAUGGCGUGGCUCCAUCACAGUCGAGGGUCUCCCAGACUCGUCCUGGUCGUGGUUUGUGUCGCUCUGCUGCUCGACAACAUGCUGUUCACUGUGGUCGUGCCGAUCAUCCCGACGUUCCUCUACGCCUUGGAGCAUCCCAGUCCAGACCCGACCGCCCAGCCGUCCCUGCUCCCUCAGCCCAGUCACAGUGCACCGAUCCUGGACACACAGUCGCAGCAGAGCCCCCGGUCGGCUCUGCCCACCUUCCCUCCUCUGGUGUCUCUAUUCGACAACACCACGUUCAGCCUGCCGGAGAUCCGGACCGAGCCCACUGACACCGACACCAACGGGACUGCCAACGCUACAGAGUCCUCGUGUCUUCAGGACAGUUUGUUUCUGGAGGAGGAGAACGUUCGUGUCGGCCUGCUGUUCGCCUCCAAAGCUCUCGUCCAGCUGCUCAUCAACCCGUUCGUUGGCCCGCUCACCAACAGGGUCGGGUAUCACAUCCCCAUGUUCGCUGGAUUCAUCAUCAUGUUUGUGUCCACCAUCAUGUUCGCCUUCUCAGGGACCUACGCUCUGCUGUUCUUCGCUCGCUCUCUGCAGGGCAUCGGCUCGUCCUUCUCCUCCGUCGCAGGUCUGGGGAUGUUGGCCAGUGUGUACACAGAUGAUGAGGAGCGAGGCAUCGCCAUGGGCAUCGCACUGGGAGGACUGGCUCUGGGAGUCCUGAUCGGCGCUCCGUUCGGCAGCGUCAUGUAUGAGUUUGUGGGGAAGAGCGCCCCCUUCCUGAUCCUCGCCUUCCUCGCUCUGUUUGAUGGAGCGUUACAGCUGUGCAUCCUGCAGCCUUCAAAGAUCUCUCCUGGGAGUGUGGAGGGAACUCCGUUAGUGACUCUGUUGAAAGACCCGUACAUCAUCAUCAGCGCAGGCUCUCUGUGUUUUGCUAACAUGGGCGUGGCCAUCCUGGAGCCGACCCUUCCGAUCUGGAUGAUGCAGACGAUGUGCUCCCCUAAAUGGCAACUUGGUGUGGCCUUCCUUCCUGCCAGCAUCUCGUACCUGAUUGGAACAAACCUGUUCGGAGUUAUGGCCAAUAAGAUGGGACGGUGGCUCUGCUCCAUGUUAGGCAUGUUCAUCGUCGGUGUCAGUCUGCUGUGUGUUCCCUUUGCCACCAGUAUCUACGGUCUGAUUGGACCAAACGGAGGUCUUGGCUUUGCCAUAGGUAUGGUGGACUCCUCCAUGAUGGCCAUCAUGGGUUACCUGGUCGACAUCCGGCACACCUCUGUGUACGGCAGCGUCUACGCCAUCGCUGACGUGGCGCUGUGUUUGGGCUUCGCUAUAGGACCUUCCACAGGGGGCGCUCUGGUUCAGGCGGUGGGCUUCCCGUGUCUCAUGGUGUUCAUCGGAGUGAUCAACAUCCUGUACGCUCCGCUCUGCUUCCUGUUACGUAACCCGGCGGUCAGAGAGGAGAAGAUGGCGAUCAUCGACCAGGAGUGUGUGAUGCACACAAAGAGUUACAACACACAGAAGGAGAGUCGAGAGUUUCCUCUGAGCGAUUACAGUGAAGAAGAGGAGACAGAGGAGUGACACACACACACACACACACACACACACACACUGAGGAUGACCAUGUUGUGAUGUUUACCUUCAUCAUCAGACUUCCUGUCAGAGCCCCUGGGAAACCCCGUGCAUGUUUUUAAUUUCUGUGUUAAUUAUAAUUAAUUGAACUGUAAAUGUUACAAAGUCUGGUAAUCUGAAUAAAUGACGUCAGCUAGGACCCGCCCCCUUAGUUACUGUUGCUACGUGUGACGUGAUGAUGUCACACUGAAAACAGUCGCAGAUUUAAGUCCCACCCCUUUUUUGGGCUCUGUGCUCCAAUCACAGUCGAGCAAACCUCAGUCAACGUCCUCCUUUCCUGUACUUACGCUACGUGUUAGCUUUGUGCUAGCUGCGUGUUAGCUUUGUGCUAGCUACGUGUUAGCUUUGUGCUAGCUACGUGUUAGCUUUGUGCUAGCUGCGUGUUAGCUUUGUGCUAGCUACGUGUUAGCGUGUUGGACAUCAAUGGGGACUUAGCUAACAUUAGCUUAGUUAGCUAAGUCCUAGCUGCUAAGUUAGCCAUUGUUUUGCUAACAUUAGCUGACUUAGCUAUAUUAAGCUAACGCAGAGGAGGAGGAAGUUGACUUUCAUUAGCUGUUAGCAUGUUUUUCUGUAGCUAUUUAAAAUCAUUGGUCUCACAUAAAGAAAUGCUAUCAUGCUAACCUAAAGCUAACAUGUAGCAGUGCAGUCGCUAAUGUUAGCGUCAUGUUUGAUAGCAUGUUUGUUUGUUUUUUAACGGGACCUGACGCCAUGAAUUCUUCUGUGUAUCUGACCUCUGACCUCUGUCACCAUUAAAGCCUGCUGUAACCUGGAA